AUGCUCCCCCUCCGCUUGCGCCGCGGUCUCUUCGGACGCUCAAAUCGCAACCCGGACGAAAACAACCAGAACAAUGAUAACAACGACAAUGACUCUUCCGGCGAACAGCCUCAGUCAAGCUCCCUCUCCAAACCAGAUCCAGAUACAGAGAACUUCUUCCCCACGCUUUGGGACGUGCUCAAAGUCCGAUACAUACUCCAAUGGAAGCUCAAGAAGCUAGUACCUCCCGAGCUGGUGGACGCUAUCAUCGACCAGGCAGAGUAUUGGCCCUCGACGAAGCAUGUGAUGGAGGGGCAGAGGAGGAUUCUUUGGGAUCGGGAUCAGGUCUUGUUUAAGACUGUGCCGCUUUGCUUUGAUAGGAAGUCUCUUGAGGAAGUCGAAUCUCCUAAGCCCCUACCACACCGCACUGCUCACCCCUGCCGCAAAAUCAUCUUCCACCUCUCAUCUCACGACCAAGGCGGCUCACGGAUACACGAAGAUAUGUAUCAAGGGUCAUUUACCUGGUUCGACGCAGAGGUGAUCCGCGAAGCGCACAAGAAAAGGAUGUAUGUGGACGGCACGGAGCAGGAGAUUCUGGAAGAUGAGACGGGCAAAGAGAAGAGACACUUUGAACCAACUGAUGAGCUUUUGCUUCCGCGAAGUAAACAACUACAAAUGAAUGGGGCGAGGGUUUCGGAAACGCAGGACCGUGUCAUUAUCUGGCAUUAUCUGGAUAAUGUGUCGCCUGAGUCGACGGAGGCGCAUGAUAUUGAACGUACUGAGGGCCGUGGUCGGUAUACACUGGACGGGCAGGUUGUGCGUGAAUUGGAAGUUGGGGAUUCUGUUGCGCUUUGGGGUCGGGCGAGGUUUGGACAGUGGGCGAAUCAUGUUUUUCAGGCGAGUGCUAGGGUGUUCUGGGCUGUUUGA